AUGGGAAAUAGAAGGGUUCUCGACACAGUCAAGCAAUCCUUCGCAUCCGAGCAGUCAGAGACUGAACUUGAACUCAGACAGGAACAAAAGGAAGCUUAUCGUUCAAGCAACAACAGAAACCUUUCUCGGAUUCUUGAUCCAAUCUCGCAAAUGGCUGAUCUCCGAGAUAGACCAUGGUCGCUGCAGAAGUCUCAGAUUGAGGAUAGCGAUUUCAAUAUGUCGAUGAAGGACGGGGGCAAGCAUUUGGAAGAGAUAUCGAGAAAUUCCUUGAAUACCUCCUACUUGCCGAGAUCAAAAGCAGGGAAAGCAAGAAUCACCAACAGCACAAAAUCCUCUUCGAUGCCAAAGGAAAGAAGAUCCUUCAAUCUCAACUUUGUCAGAUAUAUGUCCACCAUAGUUGCAUACUUUCAUUUGUUUUGGAGCUCCAUAUGCAAUCUGCGAGCCCUCGAUUUUUGUACAAAACGAAUUCCCGAUGCUGCCAGAAAGUUUGUGCCAUCAACGCCAACCCGUCAUGGAAUGAAAACUCUGGUGUCCGAGUCUGCCGCGAUCUGGUCACAAGCUUUCUGGAAACUUUUGGUUUUACAAGCUCUUGUGCUGCUCAAGACUAUCGUGCGUCAAGCGAAAAGCUUCAGCCAAGCUGCUGAUCGAGACUAUGCCGCGAUCGUUCCAGACUCUCCAGUGCUUGAAAGUCGAAGAUCCAAGUACAAGUAUCAUGUGGCAACGGAGAAGACGAGACUUGCAGAAGAGCGCUAUCGCUCACUCAAGCAGCAGCUGGCGGAGGCUGCUGAGGGCCUCAGGCAUGUUGACUUGAACGCUGUCGGUCUUCUGACAUGGCUUGCGCGUCAGACUGGCUCAGGAAGAGAAGGAGGUGGCAAACACGAGAAAGAGCUACCCGAGCAUGUGGACUCCAACCCACCAGGACGACCGUAG